GUACCGGAUGUUCAGUUGCUAGCGGUUAUUUGUUGAACAACAAGCUAAAUGAGAUACUCUCUUCUCGGAUUCCCUUCCUCAUAAUAACCGCGCCGCCACUUUCUGUCGAACAGAAUGAAACGCUCACAGUCCAGAGCCCCGUCGCCGACGCCCACUGCCUUUUCGGGCAUUUCCAACUAUCGCACGGAUUCGUAUAGACCAAUCAGCAAAAAUGCUCCUCCUGUACCCCAGAUCGACUAUCGCUCCAUAUCCAAGAUCCAUUUCGAUGAACUAAGCCAGUAUCUUGCGGCGUAUCUUGCCCGAGCUCUUCCUAAUUCCCGCUCAACAGCAAGACAAAAGCUCACCCGACUUACUAUUCAACAAUUCCACGAACUAUCCACCGACGUCUAUGAUGAACUUAUCCGCAGAAAGAGCGACAAAGAAGUGCCUUUCCUUCCGGUCAGAGAAGAAUUUCAUCCGAAACGUAACCAGGCUCGACAGAAGCUGGCCACGCUUCCGACUUCCAGAUUUGAGGAUCUUUCCAGCGAUGUUUACUUUGAGCUCGCAAGGAGAUAUCCGGAAUUCAAAGAAGAUCCAGCAGGAAGGACUUCAGUUGGAUCUAAUUAUGAUGAUUAUCCUGCCCCUGGCUUUCCUUCCACAACCACUCCUCGUGCUGCAAACACUUCUCGAACGUCUGGACGGGCUUCGGCUGAUCGCCCGUCUGACAGUGGCUAUGGCGGCAGCGUGUCUAGUCGGCGACCAUCACAGGAUCGUCGCCGUCCUAGCGAGGAUCUCUAUGGCGGAAGGAUGAGCGAUGACAAUUAUGCUUCAAGCAUAUCAUCCCGGCGAAAGGCGUCCCAGGAUACAACUACCCGGAGAUCAGAGGAUAGGGAACGAGAACGAGAAUACAGUCGACGGCCUAGUGCUGCUGCCAGUAUGAGCGCAAACAGUGACAGCACUGCUACUGCCGCCCAGAGUACUAUGGCAACCAGUGGAAUGAUUAUUCCCAACACGAGUACAAUGGAAGAGGAGUAUAUAGAGGUUCCGUAUGGACGCGAUGCUCGCGAGAGUGGUAGUUCGACCAACGAUGAGAGGGAUAGAAGUCGUGACAGGGGCCAGACUCCCGGUUUUUCACCGGGGUUCACAGAUGAUGAACCUGAUAGCGCGAGCAACUACGCUAGCCCGCUAAGUCCCAACAGUCCUGCAGUCGGUCUCAGUGGAUUGAGUGCAAGGCUUAAGACUGAUGAUGAAGAAGAUGGUCCAUCCACCCGGAGCGGUGACGACUUUUACGACAAGCCAUUAUCUUAUGGUCGAAAUUCCGCCAACUCAGACAGAUCCAUCAAUGCUUAUUCUAAUAGAAUGGGUGGUCGCGCGAGUGUCGUCGAAGAGAACGAGAAGAUGCGGCGGGAUUAUGAAUUCAGGAUAGCCACCAUGCAAACGCAAAUAUCAAAUUUACAGCGCGACCUUGGUGACUCUCAGCAGACUCAAUUCAAACUAUCAGAAUCAGAAAUGAGGGUCCGGCAAUUGGAAGAGGAGUUAGCCAGUGUUUUGCGAAGAGUAGAAGAACAAACUUCGGCCAUGCGUGCCUUGCAGAAGGAGCUUGAUGAUCUUCGAGAGACACGACAGAGAGAAAAGGAGCGAGAGUCUCGGCGAGCUCGAGAAGAUGAAGAAGAACUUCAAAUUUUGCGAGAUAGAUUGGAGAGCCUCGAAGAAGAAAGAGCUAACGGACGAGGCGGAGCGGCCGACGCGGAGGUAGUCGAGCAACUGCGUUCUGACAUGCAAGGCCUCCUCGUCGAAGUCAGCGAUCUAUCUCGACGCAACGAUGAGUUAAUGACUGCCAAAGACUCGGAUCUGGUGGUCAUACGAGAUCUGGACAAUCAGCUGAAAGAGUACAAGCGGAAGUACGAACAGGCUAAGACUGAGUUGCGGAGUGUUAAAGCCACAUCUCAGCUGUUCUUGCAAGCACCGAAGAUAGACAAACUUGAAGACCAACUCCCUGUCAGUGCUGACGGUGGUAUUCUCGACAUACAUGUCACUGCUUUCUUAUCCGCCGUCGACGGGCUGUUGACUGCAGGCCGCUCAAACGCUCCCACAAGGGUCCUCUCUCCCAUGAAAUACGUUGUCAACGCUGUCACGAAUAUCAUCGAUGAUGUUCGGGCGUAUGAGAGAAGGCCAUCUCGGGCGGACGUUGACGUAGACACCCUCCAUAUGCUACGCGAACGAGCUGAUGCUACUCUCAGCAACCUCGUCACUGCUUCUAAAACUCACGCCACUAGCUCGGGAAUGUCACCAGUUAGUUUAUUGGAUGCUGCAGCUAGUCAUGUAGCCGCCACCAUUACAGAUAUUGGGAAACUGAUCUACAUCCGUAAGGCAACCAAAGCCGAGCAAGAACAGUUUGCCUCAUCAACGUAUUCCCCUGGUCCAUCAGCUACGAACGGAUUUACACCAAGCCUCCGAUCCGUCAAUGAGAAGGAUCAUCAACGGAAGGGCAGUUCUGCAUCGUCUGCGUUUGGCAGUAGUUCGCGGUAUGACAAUCCGUCGAUGUAUCCAUCAGGUCGUUCCUCUGAUGAACACGCUCGCCGAACUCCAUCUGAUAAUUCCAGCUCUGAAAAGACAAACUCCCCACCUCCGAUAUUUGAUCAUCCUCCGAAUACUGCGAGCACAGCUAGCGAUGGGGAUGGGACAGAGGAUAAUUGGGCCGAAGUAAAGCCAUAUUUAGAAACCCAAACCGAAACAAUAGUCUACGCCAUUCAGAGUGUCUUGUCUGGAGUGCGGAGUCCCACACCUUCUCCGACACUCAACGAGAAUAUUACGCAGAUCAUAACGAUCGUGUUUAGUAUUGUCGCUGUCUGCAAGGAUAACUUCCCUCCUGCGUCUGCUCAGCAAGGGAACGAAAUCUUACAAGAGCUCAGCGAACAUGCGAACACGCUCAGUGAGAUGCAGGCGCUGCCCGAGGUCACUAAGGAAUCGCGCCAGGUCAUGGCCAAGUCGAGUUUCGCUAUCGCAAAUGCGAUGAAGGGGCUAAUGAAACUUGAGUAGAAGAUAUUGUUAUUGGUGUACAUAACGCGCUUUCGACAUUUCCCCGCUAGCUGGGUAUUCCUUGUAUGAUCUUGAUAUAUCCCCUAUGCUCUUCCGUUACAUUUUUAUUCACAUUCACCAUGAGGCAGGAGCACCUCAUAGGGUGCUUGAUACCACCGCAUUUUCGCAUUUUCGUAGGUGUGCUUGUGUUCCAUAUGUUAGUAGGUAAAAACAAUUAAUUCUAAUCCAACG